AUGAACGGGGCUCCCAGCUCCCUGGAAACGCUGUGGGUCUACCACUUCUACAGCUCUACGGAGGUGAGGCGAUCCCCCCCCCCCUUUCUUUCUUCCCUGGAACUUGCGGUGGCCGCAGCUCAUGAGUAUUUGGAGUAGAGGUUCAGAGAACUGAAGCCCCUGGAGCCGCGGGAGCCAAAGAAACCUCCCGCCCCGAAACCCACCCUGGGGCUGGUGCUAAGAGAAGUCGCAGCCGGCGUCUGAAACUUCGGCCCACCUUGUCUGCACUUCUCAGCUCUGGGGCUGCAGCAGGAGGUGCGCCGACUAGACGGCAACCGGCAGCCCGGGCCCGGCCCAGCCCCAGACGUCGGGGAUCCGGGUGGAGGACUGGCUCUAGCCCAGGCCGUGGGGCAGGGGGCUCUGCAAGCCCGGGCUGCGGCGGGCGCCAGCGCCCGGCUCCUUCUCCAGGGUACGUGGCUAUGUCUGUGUGGACGUAAUCUGCAAGGGUCCGCCUCAUUUCUGCAGCAAUGCCGAUGCCAGCUGGGCCUCGAAGCCCCCGGGGAACCGAGAUACUCUAGAGACCUCAAGGUGGCGUCCAGCAACAAUGCUGAGGACGGAGAACUAGGGAAUCCUUCGCCAUCCUAG